UCAGUUUCCUUUUAUGGAUAUGGACUGUUAUUAAUUAAUUUGCCUGCCUCGUUUGACCAGAAGUCUUCUCACUUGCACUAUAAGAAGGCCCUGCACCUGUGACUUUCUUUCUCACUUCCAUAAUCAUUGUAGAAACUUGACUAGGAAACCCCGCAAAACAGACAGAAUUGUAAGAGCAACAUGGCUGCCAACGGCAUUUCCCAUGUAAAUGGUACCCUUUCAAAGGUCAUCACUUGCAAAGCUGCUGUAGCUUAUGGUCCAGGGCAACCCUUGGUGGUAGAACAAGUGCAAGUGGAUCCACCUCAGAAAAUGGAGGUCCGAAUCAAGAUCCUCUUUACUUCCAUCUGCCAUACAGAUCUCAGUGCUUGGAAAGGCGAGAACGAAGCUCAACGAGUUUACCCUCGAAUUCUAGGACAUGAAGCCUCCGGAGUGGUGGAGAGCGUGGGAGAAGGGGUGACAGACAUGAAAGCAGGAGAUAACGUAGUACCGAUAUUCAAUGGAGAAUGUGGUGACUGUGUUUACUGCAAUUCAUCAAAGAAAACCAACUUGUGUGGCAAGUUCCGCGUGAAUCCGUUCAAAAGUGUGAUGGCCAACGAUGGAAAGUGCAGGUUCAGGAAUAUGGAUGGCAACCCCAUUUAUCAUUUUCUCAAUACUUCCACAUUUAGCGAGUAUACUGUUGUUGAUUCUGCUUGUUUAGUCAAGAUUGACCCUCAUGCCCCACUUGACAAGAUGACCUUGCUAAGCUGCGGCGUUUCCACUGGUCUAGGAGCUGCGUGGAACACAGCUGACGUCCAAACAGGGGAAACGGUCGCAGUCUUUGGAUUAGGAGCUGUUGGUUUGGCCGUUGUGGAAGGGGCACGAACCAGGGGUGCAUCGAAAAUCAUAGGAGUGGAUAUUAACCCUGAAAAAAGUAUCAAAGGUCAAGCAAUUGGAAUUACCGACUUCAUAAACCCCAAAGAAAUCGAUGUGCCCGUCCACGAGAAAAUAAGGGAAAUGACUGGAGGGGGCGUGCAUUAUAGCUUUGAGUGUGCUGGAAAUUUGGAAGUUCUUCGAGAGGCUUUUUUGUCCACACAUGAUGGAUGGGGCAUGACAAUAAUUCUAGGAAUCCAUCCAACACCAAGAUUGAUACCACUGCAUCCUAUGGAACUGUUCGAUGGCCGAAGGAUUGUUGCUUCUGUCUUUGGUGACUUCAAAGGAAAAUCCCAACUCCCAUUUUUUGCCAAACAGUGCAUGGCUGGGGUGGUGAAAUUGGACGAGUUUAUUACUCACGAACUGCCUUUUGAAAAGAUCAACGAAGGUUUUCAAUUGCUUAUGGAUGGAAAAUCCUUGAGAUGCCUUCUUCAUCUUUGAAUGUUCUUUUUUUUUUAAAGAAAA